GUUCGAAGCCCUAACCAGAGAGCUCGUCGACACCAGGGCCGCCAUAAUUGAUCACCGCACGGCGUCGAUGGAGUCCAUCAACCAAAGGUUCGAAGAACUCUUGAGGAAUUUCCAAGGUCUUCAACCACCGCGCCACGAUGAUCGACCACCACCAUUCGACGCUCGACCACCUCCACAUGGCGAUCGACCACCCCCGCAUGGUGCUCGACCACCGCCCCAUCCACACGACCAAGCUAGGAGAGAGUUCGAGCAAUUUGAGCGCGAGCUACUUGCUCGAUUCGGGUCGGCCGACUAUCAUAGCUACGAUGAGGCACUUUCACACAUCAAGCAGACAGGAAGUCUUCGAGACUACAUGAAAGAGUUCGAGCGACUCGCCUGUCGGGUGCGCAAUUGGCCGAUAUCUGCACUCAUCGGGACUUUCAUAG